GUUACUUCCUGCCGAUUUGAACACAUUUGUUUGACAUCAAAUAUCCUCAAUCGAGUGCAUAUUAAAAUUAGCAUUUUAAAAGCAGGGGUUAACAAAAUACAGGUUAAAAUAUCACAGGACAAUCGGUUGUUUCUCCUUUAAGAAAUCGAUGUCAUAUCUGGAAUUGACAACAACCCAGGACCAAUGCCUUCAAACUACCUCCACCACAAACAUGCAGGUUGCCAUGGAUAUCACCACCAAGUAUUGCCAUAAGGAGAUGGAGUGCUAUGGGCAGUGUGUGGCCGCUCACCCGUCAACAUGGCAACAGCACUGUCAAGACCUAAAGAUGAAGGUGGCACAGUGUACCUCUUCACACCCUGUGAUCCAGAAGAUCCGGACAGACUGUUCAAAAGAGUUCACAGAGUUUGAACGCUGCUUACUAGAGAACCAGAACUCACCUACCUCCUGUUCAGCACACGUGGCACGCUUCCUCGGCUGUGCCGAGACAGUGGACCUUGCCGGAGUGGCAGUGAACCCGGUUCCUCAGCCCUCUUAGGACCCAGCAGUGACCAUCAUCCAUCCCUCUGAGAAGAUAUCUCCUUCCUGCAAUACUAACGCCGGACUCCUCUAUCAAUCAUGGAUAAAUCAAUGCCCAUGUCAUAUUGAUAACAUAACAACCUGACUUUGUACAUGAAUAAAGUGGACUCUUGUCCAUGGCUACUUUAGGAUUUGUCAAGAGAACUCGGAAUGGUAGACAAGUUACUGGAACUGAUUUCUGCCUGAGACCGUCAAGAUUCAAGACAGGUUAUUUCUUGAAGUUAUUUAAUAACUCUUCGAUGCUACAGCUCUCUGACAUACACUGGGACAAUGGGAUUCAGAGGUGUCCUCUUUUCUAUAUGUGAAAAUAUUCACUGUGCAGCAGGUUGUGUGUAAUACAUAUUUAUAACACUGUAGUAACCUCGGGUAGCAGCAUAAAUGGUUCUCUUUUCCUCUACAAUUUAUAUUGAGAAUGAAUGUGUGUAACAGAGUUAGCUUUGCAACCUCACUCCGCAGCAUAUCUGUGCACAACUGCGUGUUAUCCAAGUAUCCCUGGUUUGCGGUGUAGUGGUCUCUUGUAAAUGUUAUUUUGGGGGAAGUUUAUCAUUAAACUCCUAUAUUUCAGUCCUA